CAAGGCUUCUCACGUUCAAAAGGAGGAGGGGGGAUUCCACAGAGAGGCGGAGACCACCAUCUUGGGUUUUGGCCAGUGAAGCAAAGGCUUCUCCUUCCCCUCAUUCCAUCCGCUCAAUUUUUGGUUCCCACCCUACUCACUCCGUCGAGCAAUCCACAGUAAAAAUCCCAUCUCUUUUCCCAGAAGUUGGAAAAGAUUAUCACAACGUUGAGCGCAGGUCUGUCUCGUCUCCUUCCAAUCUCUGACGAUCCCAGCGUGGGCGAGAGGAACAGAGAAAAAAGGAGUGACAGAAAAAGCUGAGUGUGGGGGGUUCGUUCGGAGCGGGGACAGAGAGGGAAGGAGAGAGAGCGACUGAGAGUGUGAAACCUGAGAGCGAGAGGGAGCUUUCCGGCAGCUCGGCCACGCUCAAGCCCCGUUUGACAACUCCGGCCGACGUCAUCGAGGCCACAGCUCCCGUUUACCCCCGCACCACCAAACUUCAGCACCCUGCCGUUGACCUCCUCGUGAUAAACGAAGAAAAUGGGAUGAGCAGACGACAAGAAGAACUGAAGCAAAAAACGAGGGGACGAAGACUGAAGAAAGCUGUCGUGCUCCGGUGGUGAACUUUUUGUACCAUGAUAUCCAUGCUGUUUACCGCGCUCGUGAUAUUUUCCACACGAAUGGAGCCUUUUUGCUGACCAAGGCCUUCCACUCCUCAUCGGUCCCAAUGGCAGUCACCGAAUCGCCAUCGCGAGCUCCGGGAAUGGCUACGCCGGAGGAGAAGCGAAUAGACGAGGUGCUGUCGCACCUGAUCGUGCUGUCGGAGCAAGUCCGCUCGGCCGUGGACGAGGCCGAGGCGUUCAGGUCCGAGUGCUCCGAGCUGGGCAAGCGGGCCGACCUCCUCUCCGACGUGCUCCGCUCCCUCGCCCGCUUCACCGCCUCCGCUCCAUCCCUCUACGAGCGCCCCAUCCGCCGCGUCGCCCCCGAGGCCUCCAGGAACCUGGAGCAAGCCCUAGCCCUAGCUCGCAAGUGCAAGCCCCACAACAUCCUCAGCCGCGUCCUCACCGUUAUCAGUGCCGCCGAAUUUAAGAAGAUCCCGGCCCUCCUCGACGCUUCUCUCGGGGACCUGAAGUGGCUGCUCAGUGUCUUCGAUACCGAAGGUGAGGGUGUUGGUAUUGCGCUCUCGCUGCCCCCGGUUGCGAGUGAUGAGCCGAUUCUGGCUUGGGUUUGGUCCUUCAUCGCCUCGCUUCACAUGGGGCCCCUGCCUGAUCGAAUUGAGGCUGCAAAUGAGUUGGCUUCGCUCGCGCGUGACAAUGACAGGAACAAGAUGAUUAUCGUGGAGGAAGGCGGCCUACCUCCGCUGCUCAAGCUCCUGAAGGAGAGUUCGGCUCCCGAUGCUCGAAAUGCCGCCAUGACUGCGCUCCGCUACUUGGCCAAUGAUCAGGGGCGAGUACAGGCGAUUGUGAAUGAACUCGGGGUUGAGACUAUUCUGCAAAUCCUUCCUUCGCUGUCUGGAGCACGGACGACAAUCGAAGACUGGCAGUCCCAGCCGCCGCCUGACCAGAUCAUCAAAGCGAAUGAUGAUUUAUCUAAAAGGACACGGAAUCUGCCCGAUGGAGGGGUGUUGGAAGUCUCCGACAGAGUCUAUGGUGAGCUUUCACAUAUUCAGUGUCAAUGUACUACGAUAGUUUAUAUGCGCAGUAUUGUCAGAUUCCAGGAUUCUAUGUAUGCUUCUUUAUUUUAG